AUGGACUUGCCUGCCGAGGGCAAGCCUGAGUGGCCCGGUGCUGUCAGUGCCAAAUUCUGCGAUCGAAACACCGCCUUACCUCUUCGACGGCGACAAGUUGAUGCGCCUCAUGGGCCAGUCAACGGGUUGGCGCAGCAGGGAUUUGGGAGGUACUUCAAUGAUCCUGAGGGGCUUCGCUCCGUCCAAGGAAAACGCCUCUUCAAUAUCGCCGGAGGGGAGGCAGUUGCGUGGCGACCUGGGCGACGACAAAUUUCAGAACCUGGACUGCUCCAUGUGGAGAAGCCGGAAGGCCUUGGUAUCGUCGAGCAGCACCCGACCAAGGUCUACACGAUGACGGAGAAGCGCCAUGUUCGGCAGGUCGAGUCUAAAGCGGAGUUCUCGGACAAGCCGAAUGGCAAGAGGACGGUGUACAGAGAAAACGGCUUGCGUGCAAGCGAUCAACCAGCCUUAGAGGUAGAUGUCACCACCGAGAUGGCGCGAAAGGCGCGGGUUGGCGACUUGCACGGCCAACGCAAUGGGAUUGACUGCCGAGUUCUAGGAGACAAGUGCUUUCGCUUCCCAGAGUACGAGCCCAGCUUUUACAAGGCCGGAGAGUUAAUCGCCGGGAGCAGCUUCCACCGUGGCAUGUGUAAGAAGACGCAGCCGCGAAACAGCAGCAGUGUGGUUGUCGUCAUGGAGUCGACAGGGUCCCGACCUCCCAUCAAAUCCUACCAGCAGAAGCAGCUGGAGCUUGAGGUGCAGGAAGCACAGGCUGAAGUGGUGGCUUUGACUAAAUCCUGGGAGAACGAGACCCUGAAGGAUUGUGAUAAUUCGUACCUGGAGCCGCUGGAUUCAGCUUGCCGUCUGCUCCUUGAAUCUGCGCCCUGCGCCAUCAGGAGGUACUUGCUGGUGCAGGUUGACCCAAUCAGCGGGCGUCAGGAGAAGGGUUGCACGUCCAAGAAUGUGAAAGCUCCUGACGUAUCCAAGUCGACGACGGUUGCCAACCGGACGGCAGGGCAGGCGCUGGAAGAAGCGGUCAAGAAGCGAUUGGAAGCUCAAUCCCACACAAUUGAGCAUUUCCACAUGGAGGACAUUCAUUCCUUCUACUGGUGGGACUCGAAGAUUGAGGAAGACCAGGAAGUUCGUGCGACCAUCGACUCCGAGGUUCCGUUUGCCACUCUCAUGGAAGCGAUAGCUGCCGACCACCCAUACGACUUGCCCAUGAUUGUCUCAAGCGCUGUCCCACCAGAGGGUGAGGCUGCGUCUGCAGAUGCGCCAGCAGUUGAGCUGAAGUAUGUCAUGGGCAUGGCGCUGGUGAAUGGAACCACUGCGGAAAUUGCCCAAGGGCUGGCGAAGUCAAUUGUCGAGGUGAAAUAUGCUGCAUGUGCGCAGGUGGAGAAACAUGGAGACACUGGCAACGACUUCUACAUUACCUUGAAGACACUCAGUGCCAGCAAGGAACAAGUUGUGGUGGACUUCGGCGGCUUGGAGUUUGAGUGGAUGCCGAUCAGGGCGAACAAGGCGUACGAAAAGUGGCUUGAAGACAACGUGAUAAUUCGGUCACAUGCCGGAGAGCUGUAG